UUCUCUAUUAUUUUUAGGUUAUCUAACAUAGUCAAGUUGCAUACUAGGCGACUGAUGUAAAUUUGUUUUUGUUUCGUGUUAUUAUUCAAUUGUGCUUAAAAAUCUUUUAGUAUAUUAAUUAUUGACUAUCAAUUAUUCACAAUGAUUUUAAAUUUGAAGGAGGAACACAAGGCACACUUGUCUUUACUUUUCAAGCAACCGGUGAAUGUUCUACAAGAUUUCUGCAAACUAGCCUUGGAAUAUCUGGUGAGGGGAUCAAAACCAAAACUGUAUUCCAGUGCGGCCCAGAAACUGGAAGUGGAACCUGAUGAUAUAGAAAAUGCAGUCGAAGGCAUCGUUUUCCUAUUAAUCGAAAGCUCAAAGAAUAAGUUGAAUGAGCUCGACUUCCGGGACACCCUGUUGACAGUUGGCUUUAGUGAGGAACAGCAAGCUGUUCUGAGUGAACUGUACAAAAGCAAAGAGAAAGAACUGAAUGAAGUGUUACCGUCCAGUUCUCUACACUUGCCACACUUCAAAAAUCUCGAAUGGAGAUUCGAGUGUCAAGUAUCUUCACGAUCAGUGGCCAAACAGCUGACUCCCAAGGUCACCUUAAACCUGACCUUGACUGGAGAUAAGGAGCCCUCCAACAUUCUUCUCCAGGCUGACCCUAAGAAUCUCCAGCACAUGACUGGUGUACUGGAGAAAGCUCUCAAGGAGGCUAGAUCACAGAACAGUCGUCGACUCCAGAGGCGGUUGAAAAUCAGCUGAAGUUUUUCUCAAACUGAAGUCUGAAUUGAAAUUUUGUUUUGAAAAAAUGAACUGCUGUGAUGAAAGUGAAGGUAUUGUUGAAUCAAUGUUCACGGGAAUUGAGUAGUGAUUCUCUAACUUACUAUAAGACUAGGGCCCGGUUGCACAAAAUCCGGUUACAUUUUAACCGUGAUCAAUUUCACGAGAACCAAUCAAAGAAGCCGUCUUUUCAAUAAAGCCUUCUCUGAUUGGUUCUCGUGGAAUUAAUCACGGUUAAAAUUCAUACAGCUUUUGUGUGCAACCGGCACUAGGUGUUGCUACCAAGGUGAAUGUAUUUGGAUUAAAGUUUACGAGAAAUAAUUAGUGAUUCUUCAACUUAUUAUAAGACCAGGUGUUGCUACUAAGGUGAAUGUAUUGUUGGAUCAAUGUUUUUGAAAAUGAAGUAGUGAGAACUUACUAUUAAACGAGGUAUCGUUUUCGAGGUAAAUGUAUUGUUGGAUCAAUGUUUUUGAAAAUGAAGUAGUGAGACCUUACUAUUAAACGAGGUAUUGUUGGAUCAAUGUUUUUGAAAAUGAAGUAGUGAGAACUUACUAUUAAACGAGGUAUUGUUUCCGAGGUAAAUGUAUUGUUGGAUCAAAGUUUUCGAGAAUGUAGUAACUUUUUAACUUAAGGUCAGCCAUCCACUUCACGGUUCACCGUAGAGGUUCACCUGAACAUGGAAGCCAGAAUAAACCAAUUUGAAUUUGAGAUUUGUAUAAUAGAGGAGUUCGAUGAAAGAAGGGCCCAUGUGCAAAACCAUGUUUUGAGAAAAACGCUGUGAAAUAUGAACCUAUUCACGCUCAAAUGCUUGACACUGUUUUCUUAAAAUCGUCGUCGCUUCGUUCAGAAAAAGCAUAGAGGUAUGAAAAUUUCUAGACAUUUGUAGAGAAAUCCAUUAAACACUUUGACGGAAAAAGGGCCUGAAGUUCUUAGUGCCCUUCUUCUAUCAAACUCCUCUAUACAGUACCCAAUUUAUGUGUAUUUUAUAUAUGUUUAUAUUUGUGGUAGUCGUUUCCAUGGUGAUUGUUCAGGCAUAGAUAGAUACCGGACAAUUAUUGCUAUCCACAUUUUUUCGGUGCUCUGUAAUUAUUUAAAUUUUGGAGGAAUUAUAUUGGAGAAAUAAUAAUCAUGUUGAUUGUAAAUAAAAAGAUAAAUCUCAGUAUCCUUUUAAAUUAUGUUUUGACAAAAUAAUUUAAAAGGGUACUGAGAUUUAUAUUUGUAUUCAUAUUAAAAUUAGCCCUAAAGAAAAAAGACAUGUUGAUUGUGUAUGGAUUAGAAUUGAAUUGAAUUGAAUCGCUGCCUUUAUUAAAAACCUAGGAGGGCGAAGUUAGGGCGCAGCCGGCCCUCUCUUACACUUAACCCUCAUUAGAAUGUAGUUGGGAAAUAGUAUUGAAUUUUUGGUUUAUUUCUUUGUUAUAUAAUUUUAAUUAUUUAUCAAUUCUUAAUAACUAUUCAUAAUUAGUAAUGAAUAUUAUUCACUAAUAGUUAUUAAUAUUAUUCUUGUUUAUGUAAAUUGAUAAUGGUUUAGAAAGUAGUUGAAUAUUGUAGUAAUGUUGCUUUUUUCAUCAAUGCUUAUUUACUCACGCUUAUAUACUGCAAUAAUAAGUACAUUCAAUGUUUCUGUUAUACAAUUUUGUACUAUUAUUUUCAUGUAAUAUUAGUUUAAGUAAGUGUACUAUUAUUUUCAUCUAAUAUCCAUUAUCAAUCGUAUUUUAAAGUGGUUAUAAAGGGUUGAUGUUGUUGAAUUGUAUUCAGGUUGAAUGCUAGAGUGUUUUGUAUGAAUGUGUUCAUUAUAUUUUUAUUCACUUUA